GCCAGCGCGACGUUGCGACGUUCUAUCGUAGUCGGUCGAAGAUCCGUUCGAAUGCGUCGCGCCGCUUGAUCGCUCGAUCCCUGUCGAUCGUGGAGUUCGAGGUACGCGAUCGCGUGUGGUGUCAGUGAACAGUAAUAAAACGGCAGCGAGAGAAAUAAAGAGAGGCGGAAGAACGGUGUUGGUGAGGAACGAGAGAGAACUUGUCUUCCCGUGUGGAGAGUGAAGAUAGGCAGCGAUCACGUCACGAUGGCAGCCUGUCGUGUGCGUCCCACCUGCGUGGCGAUCGCCGUUCUGCUGUUACAGCUAACAGCUUACGCGAACGCAACUGAUCCGUACUUGGAAAUUUUACCAAACGGCGAGACGCAAACAAAGCCAAUCGGCUCCAGCAUUAUCCUCACGUGUAAACCAAAGGUAGACGAUCCGUCACUUAUCUCUGAUAUGCAAUGGUUCGAUCCGUUGGAUCGCUUGAUUGAGUCUCUCAAAUACGCUGUCUUACCGCUCGAAAGCAAAAAAGGAAAUAAUCAAAAUUCGAAGCCAGCCAGGUACACCGAAUUACACCAAGAUGGUAGACUGUCCCUAUAUUUUAAUUCCCUUGAGGAGGAACAAGCUGGGAUGUACACAUGCAAAGGGAAUUAUGCACGUAAUGUGCAGUUAAGCAAAUCUGUGACAAUCGAUACUAUUAUUGCGAUCACGUGGGAGAAUGCACCGACAAAUCAGUAUCCCAUUCUUGGAGAAGACUUCGAUAUUCAUUGUCAAGUACGCGCUAGGCCAUCGCCUUCGGUUGAUUGGCUUUUCAACGGAGAGGUGAUCAAAACAAAUAAUCAUUAUAUCAUAAACACUUAUUCCUUGAAAAUCAAGAAUGUCCAAAAGAGCGAUGAUGGUGUAUAUAUAUGUCGGGCAUCGGUACAGACCACAGGAGAAUUGCAAGAGCGACCUAUUCACGUUGAGGUACACAUACGACCUACGAUCACUGAGUUUACGAAACCAAUAGAUGUUAUCGAAGGCGAAAACGCAGAUAUUAGGUGUAAUGGUACUGGCAAGCCACCACCAGUAAUCACGUGGGUUAAGUCUCUAACCCAACAAAAUCUGUCCAUUACCGAUCGCUUCGGUGUCGAUCCGGUCUCGGGUAUACUCACUAUCACAAAUGUGAAGCGCGAAGAUUCGGGUGAGUAUCAAUGCAUGGCAACAAACGCCGCAGGUACCGCUACUGCCACCACCCAAAUAAAUGUGAUCAUCAAACCGAAAAUUAUGGAGUUCUUGAACAAGACCGUGGUGGAGGGCAAAAGCGUGGAAAUCCAAUGUAAGGCCUUCGGUCGACCACCACCCAAGGUGAGCUUCAGGAAAUUCACUCUCGACAAACCAUACGCGGAUGGUGCUCAGUCGGAAGAUGACCGGAUCAUCGUGAGGAACGAACCAGACAACAUGUCUAGCGACGUGACUAUUGGCAUUCUAUCAAUCACUGACGUUCUCACUGAUAACGAUGGUCUGUAUGAAUGUGUGGCGGAAAAUACUGGCGGUGUCGCCUACAUGAAUGGUCAUUUGACUGUGGAAUUUCCGCCCUCCUUCUCCUCCACUAUGCGGAACGUCACCUGGUCUUGGGAAUCGAAACCAAUUAAUCUCACUUGUGAAGCCGAGAGCAUACCGAACGCGACAAUACGCUGGACUUUGCAUGAGCAGAAGAUCGAUAACGACGCUUAUAUCCAACAGUUUGGUAAUGGCCCGAUUUCCAAUCUUCAAAUAAGACCGAUCGACCGGAGAUAUUACACGCAUUAUAAAUGCAUCGCUAUGAAUACUCACGGUACGCGGGAGCGUAUGAUAGAGUUGAGGGAAGCGGCGAAACCCGGCGAGCUCUUGAGCGUCAAGAUGGCUGAAAUUACCGCCACGACGAUAAGAUUCGAUUUGCAACCGCCCAUACAUCCAGAUUUGCCUGUCACUACUAUUACCGUACAGUACAAAGAGGAGUUGCAUACCUGGCAAAACGCGAAGAAUAAAACGUGGUCUAUCGGUACUCUGUACGUCAUCGAGGGUUUGAAACCGCAGACGCCCUACGACUUCCGAUUCGCCGGGAGAAAUGAGGUCGGUCUGGGUAACUUUGGUAACUUCCAUCGAGAGAUCACACCCGGUAGAACGGUGCCGAAAGAUCCGAGAAUUCUGACCACACCAGGCUCUGAAUACGAGCAGUCUCCGUACAAUCAUCAAUAUGAGCUCAGCUGGGUGACGCCGCCCGACAAUGGCGAACCCAUAGACAAGUACCUGAUCAAGUACUGCCAGAUAAGACGUGUCGCUGGCGAGUGGGAUGUGAUACAGGAAACCUGUCAAUCGAUAGAUGUCAAAUCCCAAAGGACGAGACAGUUCCUCAAGGAUCUGAAAUACGAUACUUUCUACAUAGUCGAGCUUCAGGCUCACAACGUGAUGGGCUACGGCAAACCUGGAUACGUCAAGAUCAGGACGGCUAGAGGUGUAGAUACCAGCGUGCUGCAGCAUCAAGGCCCGUUAAUAUCGAGCGGAGCCAUAAUCGGCAUUGUCCUCGCGACGAUAUUCGUCAUCUUAAUCGUCAUCGAUGCCAUCUGCUGUUGCGUGCGCAAGAUAGGAAUUAUUAACUUCAUGCGCGAACGAUCUCGACGGAAACCAGUCGAUGAGGAAGACACGAAGCUCGGCAGUCUUUACGGUUGGCGGUUUCCAUUGCCGUAUUGCGACCAAAAAAUGGCCAAUGUCGCCGGGGUCACGGCCAUCCAAGACUCAAGUAGUGGAAAAAAUACCAUUAGAUUGGUCAAACACACUGCCAUAGACGAGAAGGAGCCGCUGAAGGAGGAAAAGAAGAUCACACCGAUCAUCGAUUCUGGAUUGCGCCGGGAGACCUCCAUCACUUUUGACGGCAAGAGGUCCGUCUCCAAGACCGGCUUCGUCGGCAAGGAUUCAGCCGUCUAGAUAUUCUUCCGGCGUACUAGAUUGUAAAUCGUUCCGGAAAAACGCAACGCGGUUUCCGGCUAAAAAGUGUUCUCGAAAAAAAAAAACAAACAAGAAAAUGAAAAACAAGAAACGAAAAGAAGGACGCGCAGAGGGAAUCAUUGUACGUACAUUCGCGAUACUCGUUUGCGGGAAGACGAGGGAAGACGAGGGAUUUAGCGAUUCGCCUCGCUGAAUUUUUUCCGGAUGAAGCCUCACGCGAUUCCUCUGUCAUCAUUCAGCGCCAAGUCUCUGCUUUUCGUUUUUCUCUUUAAAAAACGUGCGCGGUUUCACAGUCGCACGCCGACCCGCCUUCUACCCUUUCGAAACCUCUUACCUCGUGUACUGCGAUACACUUGCCGCCUACACUUCCUCGUAGAAUCCCUUGAAAGCGCUUCCCGUCACUGAACGUAUCCUUCGCCUAUUACUUUGCCAUAAAGUUUUCACUGCACGUCUGAUUUCGCGUGCAACGUAAGCUAACCGCUUAAAGAAAGGAACAAACUUUAAAAACUUGACAUAUUCUCCGCAGUACUUUUUAGCUGAAACAUUAAGACGUUUGAAGUGAAAGCGACUUGAUCGGAAUAUUUCAUUUGUUCUUUGACUAUCGUGAAAUCGUUCGAAAAUAACAUCAAAAAGACGGAUCCAAGAUAGUUUUUAUCGAAGAAUAUGUCACGUUUGAUAGGUUUGUGAUAUGAACAUAAAAGCAGUCUUGAACUCUUUUGCCCCGUCAUUGUACUCGCCGAAGCGUGCGAAGGAGCACAGAUAAUCGAUAGCUUAUGAAAACGAGAAGUACGAAAUAAGCGAAGCUUACUCGGUAAUUGCUCUUAAGAGAAAGUUACGGAUAUAAUUAUAACAUAUAAAUGCAAGGAAACGAGGAGUAAGUAGAUCAUUUGUGCGAGAAGAAGAAGCUGGCAAGAAGAAUGUACAAAAAUUCGUUGUGCAAUUGGUAGAGGUCGACUGAUCAAUUUAGAUGAACGCUUCGAGGCACCCUUUAGAUUAUCACAGUCUAGUACGCUGGGUAGUAUCGUGUCCUUUGUCGCGCGCGGCUUUAAGAAGACCGCGCGGAAAGUCGUACUCUGUUGCGCGUGAAGACAAACAAAAAAAACUUCGUGUUCGUUCGGAAAGAAUAUUGCAUUUAAAAAGUAUAAUCGCGUAAAAAUGCAACGCUCGUAUUCUUCACACUAUAAUAUAAUAUCCCGGCAGCUCUAAUUCGUUAUUGAAAAAAAGAUUCUUUUCAAUAUUGAAUUAAUAUUUAAUUAGAAAGAGUAUUAUAAGGUUCUUUCAAAAUUAGGGAGUUCAAUAAGACAUAUCUAAAUUCCGAUAGUUAGCGAAAGAAUUGAGAUAUUGUUGAACAAGAUGGAAAUGGAGAACAAAAUUUAUUGUUAAUUUCAAUCUUCGACGUACAUUUCUUCAAAGGCGAAGUAUGUUUUAUUUAUCAAUUGUUCUAUUUCUUUUUAGCGUGUUUAUUUAGCAAUUUAUUUAGCGUGAUGAAAUUUUAAUUGUUUCAAUUUAACAACACUAAAUCUCAUCUAGUACUUCUAAAAAGUUUUAUUUUUAAUUCUUAUUUAAAAGGGCAGCUCUCUAUUUUCAGAAUGUUAAAGACUAUGAGUGUUGCUUUUAUAUUCCGCCAACAGAGAAAAACUCUUUCUCUUUUAAACGAGGUACGCGAUUUUGCGACUACCUUCAAACUGUACAUACAUCUUGAACAAUCUAUUAUCUUACUUCCCUCAAGCUCCAUACCUCAUCCUUCUUCAUGUCUUUUAAUUAGAAAUAACUAUCAAUUGAGAGACAUAAAUGAUAGAUAACUCAUACGCGAUAUAUAUUCGACACGCUUUUAUUCUCGUAAAUUCUUGACUCCGUGAUCGUAACGUUCAAUCCUUUUCUCAUUUAUUUUUAAAUCUAAAGACUGAUUCUUUCACGUUGCCAAAUUAAUGGAAUCAAUUAUCGUUUCAGAUAAUUGAAAGGAAAUAUCAAAUUGCAUCUUUUUCAUUGUUUUGUCGUCGAUCGCGCAUUGUUCAAUAUGCGCGUGUUCUCUGUUGAGUUUUACGAUCAUGCGUGUGACCACUAUAGUUAUGAGUGAAUUACUACUUAAAUCUCGCAUAUUCUUGUAGCGAGUUCGUUCGUUCUUCGUACAUUUGUAUAAUCCAUAAUCAUCCUUGUAUAUUUAUACCUUUUUAUUUUUUAUUACCUCGAAUGAGAAAAGCUCUCAGUUACUCUUAUUUUUUAGUGAUGAUAUUUUACAAUGUUAUAGUUACCUUGUUAAGAGACGUAAGGGCAGCUCAUCUUUUUUCUUUUUUAUUAUUUUUAAAAUUCUUCCUCUUUUUAUAACGAUAAAAAAGCUUUUCAUUCUUUAAAAUUGAGAGAUAAGUAAAGUGAAGAUAGGACAACUCUUGCGACACUGUGUAUUUGUAUUGACAUUGCAAAAGUCAUUAUGAUUACGGUGAUUAAUUGCGGCUGUUCAUAUAAUGAUAAAACAAAGUUGAAAGGCACUCUAUUUGCAGUAUAGAACAGUAUUAGGAUGCGUGCAAGAACAAUCGAUGAACGAAUUAUAAUAAAUUUAUGACAAAAUUUUGACAUGUUACCUUAAUAUUAAAAGUCUCUCUGAAUAUGUAUAGUGUAAUCAAAAACAAAUAAUAUUUACCGCGACAAAUGUCAAGUUUUGCAGAUACACGGAACUUGCGGUCGAAUUUUCAGUCAGUGAUCUCGGAGAGAGUGUGACAUCAGAAAGCUGCCAUAUUUAAUAUAUCUAAAUAUAGCGAAUAAAAAGAAACGUACCGCUCUUGUCCUAAUGUCUAAGAUGGCUUUUGCAGAAAGAAACGCAAACGUUAAAAUGUGAUAAGUUUUUGUAAAUGCUUGUAAACGUUUUCCCUUAAUUGUAAGACGUAUCGAAAAUAGAUAUUAAGAGUUUUGGUAGGUUUAGAACAUGCACGAUGCGGAAUGCGUGUCUUCGCGAAAAAUCGAAGGUGGGAGACUCACAACAGAAGGGGAAAAACAUUGUAAGAUUGUUGUACAAACAGACGCAAUGAUAAAUCCAGAUUAAUUCGCUCUAAUGUGCGGAUUCUAAUGAAAGAUUUUACGAACUUCGAUUAGCUUCGAAUGCAAUUCGAAUGAUGACUUUUCGUCUCUCUUUCUGGAAAGGAAUUAAAUUAUCAUUAAAAUAUAUAUUAAAUUUAAAGUUAAUUGCAUGCAAUCGUUAAUUUUGUAAAACAGAAAUUACUGUAUUUCUGUACAGAACCAUAAGAGAGACGGAAAAGGAUCAGAGUAUAUAGGAGGAAAUCUAGAACUAGCAGCGAAACUUCUCCACCGGGAACUAUAUCGUUGCACCUGUUGAUACAUCAAGACUAUUGGCACGUUUCCUCGCAUUCGCGAACACGCUUUCCGUGCAGAUAGCUUUUUUACGUAAGACAGAGAAUUUGCCAAAUACUAUAGUACUUAUUAGUACGUAAGUCAAUGAAUACAUAUAAAUAUAAAUAUAUAUUAUACAAAAAAAAAUGAUAUAUAUGUACAUGAAAAAUAAAUAAAUCGCGAGACAUUCGCGUGACGGAUGUCGCGCGGCGACUUCGCAUCGGCGAGCGAUACGUGUCAUCGUUUCUAACACCUCUAGCUAUUUUGUAUCCGUUGCCAAGAGCCACACAUCCUUAACAAGUAGCUUCCCACAAGAAAGUAUUACGACGCAUCUUCUUCAUCUAGAGAUCAUUACAAGUAUUAAAGUUCCGUAGAUGUAAGGCGUAUUUUUUAUGUAAUGCUUUUUCUGUACGCGACAAGAAAUCGUGCUCUUGAAUAAAAUGAAAAAACGUUU